UGGAUUACAAGCACCUUUAUGGUACUUCUGUGCACAUUUUUGAAAGCUGAGAGUUUGUUGUUCCAUGGACAAACCAAUGGUACUUCUUCAUCAACUAAUGGACAUUCCGAUUCUGAUGUGUACAAACAACUUCUUCAUCUGGAACAAGUGUUGGAUUCUAUAUUGAUGGAUCAGAAACAACAAGCUCUAGAAAUUCAGAAAUCUGAACAACAGCAAAAGUUAUUAGAGGUAGAUAUUCAAACCCUGAAGCAAUGGAAUCAGACAGCCCAAAUUAAUAAAGAUGUCGCUCUUAGAAAGUGAAAACAAAAUUUUGAAAGAAAGAGUGGACAAACUGAAUUCAACAUCAACAUUUUUGCUCCAAGAGAAUAUAAUUUUGAAAGAUCAGAUUAAGAUUUUGAACUCUACUUCCAUGCUUAUACAACGAAAUAUGACAACAGCAGAAGAUCUAAGAAAAAUGGAAAGCAUUUUAACCUUUAAAAUAGAGCAGACAGCCAGAGUCAGAGAACAGGAGAUGAUGAAGAAUAUAUCUGCCACAGUCAAAGACCUGGAACUAAGAGACCGAUAUCUAUCACUUUCUUUUUUGGAUGUACACAGCAACAUGACAAUCCUUGACCAUGCACUUUCCAAUCUCAUGCAACAACAGAAGAAAAACGAAGAGCAACAGAAAAUGACAAUACAAAACUUAUCACUUUCUCUGUUGGAUGUACACAAUAACACAGAAAGGCUAUCGUCAUCUCUUUCUAGUCUGGAUGCGCAACAGAAACGGAUGAAGAGUGAGAUCCAAACGCUUCUAACAAAUUUACAGCAAACUGAUAUUACCAAACUUAAUGAUACAAUUAUCCAUUAUAAGAAUAGUGUUCAAUUCAAUGUAGCUUUUACAGCUGGAAUUUUAAGAGAAUAUGGUAGACAUACUUAUACAAUAGGAGCAACAGUUAAAUUCCCAACAGUCAUAUACCAGGUAGGAGGAGGAUACAACCCUACAACAGGAGUGUUUACCGCCCCAAAGGCUGGACUGUACAUCAUAUUCUGUACUAAUAUGGCAGCAGAAAAUGAAUCCUCUAGGACAAAAAUGAUGAUUAAUGGUUCAGUUAAGGCGAGAUUCAUGGCUUGGCUUGGAACAUCUAUUAUCAACAUCUACCAGUCAGCCUCCAACCUUGUUGUCCACCAGUUACUGGUGGGGGACAGAGUCUGGAUACAAGUCUAUGAUAGAAGUCAUCUGUACUCAGACUUCUCAGAAACAACUUUUUCUGUCAUCAUGAUCAAUGGAUCAGAUUAAUA